UUACAAAAGAUGGCUGCGCCCAUGUGUGUAUAAUGAGUUGAGGUUUGGUGCAGCAUUUGAAUUUUCACGUGAAAAUACAGAGAUUCUGCAUCAUGCCAAAAUACUUCGAGGAUAAGGAAGAAUCUAAAAGACCUUGUUCUGGAGUGAGGGAAGAUCUGAAGACAUGUCUUCUUGAAAGCGACUGCGUCAGAAUUGACAAGAAAACACCCAAAGAAUGUUUACAGCCUGGCACUAAUGUGAAUGACCAAUGUCGAGCACUUCAGGUUGCAUUCUUUGAAUGCAAGAGGUCACUUUUGGACACAAGGACAAGAUUCAGAGGGAGAAAGGGUUAUUGAGCAGCCAGGACAAUCGAUGGUAAAAUCUGGAAAAUUGCCUCCAACUACACAGCAAAAUCCAAGAAUGGGAGUGAAGCCUGCUUUCCUGCCUGGGGUGUGGUCAGGAUCCUCGUCUUCUUUGAAAGAGCAUACCACUGUCGACCGAUAGCGCUCAAGUCUUACAUUUGUCUCGUCCUUGGAUUGGAUUACUGAAUGACCUGAAGAUGAUGGUCUCUCGGAAUCAGCUGUUAAGAUGACGUGUCAAGGUACAUGUAGUUGGCAUAUCAUGAGGGCAAUCACCCAUCAACAAAAUUACAGAGCAUUUACUGUGUGUACUCCAAGGAAAAUAUUUCGGACUGAAGCAGUCUUUGAAGGAGACAAUUGGGGGGGGGGAUUUAACAUACUCCUCUUGUCUCAUAACUGUAAUGCUUGUGUUAAGCCAAAGUUGCCUGCACAUUUCUGUCAUCACUUUAAUUCUACAAGGCAUUUUGUAAUGUCCAUUCAGGCCAGACGCAUGCCGUCGUAUCAGUGAAGUUUUUGGGUAGUUUCCUUUUGGGGUAAUGGAUGUUAAGUUUGGGGGGCAAGGCACUUCCCCACCUGGAUCAAACUUUAAACUCAGCUAGAGCAGAGCAAAAUCUGAAUGCAUUGGAAAUGCCAUGCACUCUGUUCCUUCUUGGUUCAAUGUAGAAAGGUUUAUUGUGAAUACAGAAUAUUGUUGUGCUGUAUAUGUUCAUUUUUGUUGGGGCACCUGUAGAUUUCUGUCUUUGCCUCCACUGUGUCUUGUCAAUAGUGUUGCAUUUCAGUAAUUUCUCAUUUUAUUUGUUAAAAUCAAAAUUUAUGUUCAAAUUUUACAGAGGCUUUGCUUUGAUAUCGUUCAUUCAUGUCAUUCAGUUUACAUGUUAAUGAAGUCAUUUACUUGGGCAGUUUUAAAGUCCAGUACUGAGCAUAAUUUAGUUCCAUGUGCCACUUGUUAAGGCCUGAAGUUUAAAUGAGGAAUUGUCAAUGGGAUGAGAAAUUUUUAAAAAUUGUUUUGUGUGGAAAGUACAUGUACAUGUACAUACAUACAUGUACAUGUACACAUCAACACUAUUACUUUCAAAAGUGAACCUUUUAUCAGGAACAAGCUUACAUGUACUUGGAAGUCAGUGUGCAGUCUUUGUGUACCAAACAUUUCUGGGUUUUUUCACCUUUGCUUUAACCUGCUACUUACAUGUGUUUCUUACGAUGGGCCUACAUUGUACAUGUAUGUACAUGUUUCCACAAUGCUUUGAAGAAGGGAAGUACAAUGUAGGUUUAAUUCUUGGUCUCUUUAAAAUGCUGGCCAUCAGAUCUGAAUUCAGAGAACUGCAGACAACACAUGCCUACAUUUGGUUAAUUUUUCAUUUCCUACAAGCUGCUGUCGGUGCAAAAUGCAGGAAGAAAUCCAUACCGGACCUUCACAAUUUUGAGGCGCCAUAACACCGAAAAGGGGACACCUGUUAAUAAUUCGAGAGAACUUCUCGAAGGAAAAAAAAACGGUUACACUUCAAGACAAUAAUAAAAUUAUCUACGUAGUUGA